AGAGCAAGGUAGCAGAUGUGUGUUGCUCUUCAGCUGGCCCAGUUUAUAGAGAUUCAGUGAGGCGUGCGGAGGUGGAUGCACAUCUAGCAGUUGUGUGAGAGUGCGGGUGCGGAUUGUCUGGCUGAAAACCAUCUCUUUUGGAUAGUACAUUUGCUUUUGGUAUGAUGAAUCCCUGCCAUGUGUGCGAGGAGCCGACAAAGAACAAGUGCUCCAACUGUAACCAAGUAUCGUACUGCAGUGUCCAGCACCAAAAGCAAGACUGGAAGACUCACAAGCCCAGCUGCCAUCCAUUCAAGAUCGCUCACAAUGAGCAACUUGGCCGGCAUCUGGUGGCCACUCGUACUAUAAAACCUUAUGAGAUAAUCCUUAAGGAAGCACCUCUGGUGCGGGGACCCGCCCAGAUCUCUGCUCCCGUUUGCCUGGGAUGUCUGAACGGUAUCGAGGCCGACGAUCACAUCGAAUGCGAACAAUGCGGAUGGCCACUGUGCGGACCGGAGUGCAAAUCUCUGGAUGAACACAAAGCAGAGUGCAGCCUUACCAAAGAUCGGGGUCAGAAAGUUAAUGUUCAGGAGUUUAGUGGACCUCAUCCUCUCUACACGUGCUUAAGCACCGUGAGGUGUCUGCUGAUUGGCGAAACUAGUCCCGAGAAGGCCGCCAAGUUUCAGGAGCUGGAGUCACUGGAGUCGACUAGAAGGGGAUCAAACCAAUGGAAGGCUGAUCUGGCCAGCAUCGGACAGUUUAUCCCCAAAUUCUUUAAAACCCAGAAGUUCAGUGAGGAGGAGAUUAUGAAAGCAGUGGGUGCCCUGCAGAUCAAUGGACACGAAGUGCCAACAACUGAUCCCCCGCAUGUGGCUGUCUUUUACACGGCCUCCUUCACGGAGAACUCUUGCUUGCCCAAUCUGGCCAAGAGCUUCAAUAAGAACGGGCACUGCAUCCUGUGGGCACCGCGGGAGAUCAAGAAGAAUGCCCAUCUGAGCAUCUGUUACUCGGACGCCGUGUGGGGCACCGCCGAUCGUCAGCGCCAUCUGAUGCAGACUAAGCUCUUCAAGUGCACCUGUGAGAGAUGUGUGGAUGUGACCGAGUUGGGAACCAAUUACAGUGCCAUUAAAUGCGAGGAUCGGCAGUGCGGUGGUCUUAUGCUGCCCAUCAAGGCGGAAGACUGGAACGGUAGUUGGCGGUGCCUGGAGUGUCAUAAACAGGUGCAGAAGCAUUAUGUAGAACGGAUUUUGGAACGGGCUGGCAAGGAUAUACAGAGCAUGGAGAAAAACGUUGAGAAUGGUUUAAAGUAUCUUAAGCAUUACGAAAAGUGGCUGCCUCCUAAGCACUUCCAUAUGAGUGAAAUAAAAAUACUUCUUGUCCAGCUGCUGGCCAAGGAUCAAAAGGAGCUGAUGGUUAUUCCAGAUGAUAAGCUCUUGCUGAAGUUAACUUAUGCCCGAGAACUCGUUGAGUUAUACGAGACACUAACGCCGUGCGAAGUUCGCACGCUCGGCACGCUUUGCUUCGAAUUGCAUUCGGCGAUUGCCGAGCAGACCCGUCGGGUAGCCCUGGAAUCGAGCCUGUCGCCCAAGGAUCGUCUGGAGGAGUCCUUGUUCUAUGUGGAAAAGUGUGUCAACUAUUUGCAAUACGAAUCGGACAUUUUCGUUGAAGGCCACAUGCUCAAGCAGGCCAAGAUCAACCGCGAUGCCCUGCGUAUGGUAACCAGGAUCUCUUAGGCAAUCAGUUAAUAAGCGAAUGUAUCAAUAUUGCCAAUAAAUUGUCAUUACUAUA